CCCUCUGACUUUUCCUUGCACUUUCUCAGUCGCCGAUUCAACAAUAAAAGCCCUUCACAGGCCAUAUCUUUCCUCCUCCUCCACCACCAGCCGCUCUCCUUUCAAACCCGCCGCCGCUGUUGCUUCUUCUGCCGCCGCCAUUCUCCAUCCCAGCUCCGCCGUUUCUCUCAUUCCCGAAAACUUCACCGAUCACGUAGAAAUACACUAAAACCAGUUCUUAUUCGUGAAUAAGUUCUCAUUUUCGAGACCUGUGUAAAUCCGCAAACCCUGCCCCGAAUCAUCCCCCCCCACUCGAUCUCAAUCCAGUUUCUCGAUCUGUUGAUAUUUGAAUUUCAGAUCCAAGAAUCCGAGAUCGCUGACCAUGGGAUUCGAGAAAGACGAAGCGAGUUCGUCCUCACAUGUUCUCCACAUACCCAGAGAAGACACCCCCCUGCUCUCGAGUCAAAAACAUCUAUCGUCCCCGACCAAAACCCUAGCCAAUGUUUUCAUAGCGAUUGUCGGAUCAGGCGUGCUUGGUCUGCCGUACACCUUCAAGAGAACUGGGUGGGCGAUGGGUUCUCUGAUGCUCUUCUCCGUGGCCUUUUUGACCUACUAUUCCAUGAUGCUGCUAGUUUAUUCGAGGAGAAAGCUCGAAUCCAAUCCCAAAUCCCCGAAGCUGCCGUCUUUUGGAGAUCUGGGGUUCGCAGUUUGUGGGCCGAUUGGAAGAUUUGCUGUUGAUGUUAUGAUUGUUCUUUCACAAGCUGGAUUUUGUGUUGGCUACACAAUUUUCAUAGCAAAUACUUUAGCUUUCUUAUUCAAUUAUGCAUCUGUUGAACACCCAAACCCUAAAAUUUUGGGGAUUUCCCCAAAAUCUGUGUAUAUAUGGGGCUGUUUUCCAUUCCAAUUAGGGUUGAAUUCCAUUCCAACACUUACCCAUUUAGCCCCUUUGAGCAUCUUCGCCGAUGUUGUUGAUUUGGGAGCAAUGGGUGUGGUUCUGGUUGAGGAUGUUUUAGUUUACCUCCAGAACAGGCCUGUGAUUCAGGCCUUUGGUGGGCCCAGUGUGUUCUUCUAUGGUCUGGGCGUUGCUGUAUAUGCUUUUGAAGGGAUUGGCAUGGUGCUGCCCUUAGAAUCAGAGACCAGGGACAAGGGUAAAUUUGGAAAAGUAUUGGGUUUAUCGGUGGCACUCAUCUCUCUGAUGUAUGCUCUGUUUGGAGUGCUGGGUUACUUUGCAUUUGGUGAUGAGACUAAGGACAUCAUCACCACUAAUCUUGGGAGGGGACUUUUAAGCUGUUUCGUGCAAAUCGGUUUGUGUGUGAAUCUCUUCUUUACUUUCCCACUGAUGAUGAACCCUGUUUAUGAAGUGUUGGAAAGGAGAUUCUGCGAGGGAAGAUAUUCGAUUUGGCUAAGAUGGUCCGGGGUGUUUGUGGUCAGUUUGGUUGCUCUCAUGGUCCCUAAAUUUGCCGAUUUCUUGUCACUGGUUGGGAGCAGCGUGUGCAUUGUGUUGGGGUUUGUAUUGCCUGCUCUGUUUCAUCUCAUUGUGUUCAAACAAGAGCUAAGUUUUCUUGGAUUGGCUUGUGAUGGAGCAAUCAUUGUUCUUGGUAUAUGUUUUGCAUCCUAUGGGACUUUCUCUUCUCUCCUUGACAUAUUCUCAAUAAAGGCUUAAAUCACUUUAUUAUUGACUCUCAUGCUUCGGAGCGUAAAGAUUGUGUCGGUCUCUUGUGCGAACGGCUCACCUGUACUUCUAUCAACAUUUGUAGUACUUUUUAUGCAUUACAAAUUUGUUGAAAAGGUUGUUGUUUGAAGUGUGUUUGUGUUCUUUGUCAAGAUGCUGCUUGACUGUUCAGUUUCAGUUGUUACAAAGUCAUUUCUGUCUUGAAUUCUUUUGUGUUUUUUUUCUUUGUUUCAAACAACUCUGCUGUGUAUUUGUGUCCUCAUUCUAAGUUCACUCUCCAAUGAUAAAUAGGCAGUGGUACU